CAUGGGGAACUCCGCAGACAGUAAGCCGAUAAAAGGCCGAGAGUUCAGCACCUACCGAUACAUCGGAGAACUAAAUAACCAAAGGGAACCAAACGGAAAGGGACUCAUUCUACACAACUCAGGGGAAGCAUUUUAUGGUUUCUUCUCAAACGGAAAGAAAAAUGGAAUAGGAAUAUACAUAGAUAAAAAAUUAACUAAAUAUAUUUGCAAAUGGGUCAAUGAUAAAGCUCACAGAGAGUUAAAAGUCAAACCCUUCCAUGCGAAGAAGGUCUUUUCCUUUUUUUAUUCGAAUGAAGUUAUCGAGUCAUGCAAAGUAUAUCGGGUUGGCCCCAAACCUGAGCAUAGUUUGGAUGCACAACCAAAAAGAAGAACUCCAAAAGGGGGGGAAACACACAGUGCAGAAAUAAAGAAUGGACUCGAUCGUGCACAUGUCUCUACUGUGGAGAGUGGUGAUAAAGGAUGUGUCUCUAUCUUACCGGUGAGCAAACCGGGUUCUGUUUGUUUUUUGCCACGUGGGAGGGUCCAACAGGGCAGAACUGCAAGUCGGGAAGGCGGUCAUCAUGGAAGUGGCCGCCUGCAAAGUGGUCACCGCGAAGAUGCCAUAGAAAGCUCGCGGGUGGACCAACUGCAAGUCGCCAUGGAAAAAGAAUCUCACGACGAAGCCAACAUCCCAGUGAAUGAACGGCCCAAAAAAAUAAUUGAUGAAGAGUUAAAGAAAAACGGAACCUGGGAGGACAUAUUCUACACGUCUUCCGAUUCAUGUAGUCAUUUUAUCCGCCCCCCCCAUUUUGUAAAGUUGGGGGGGAAAAAAAAAUGCUACAGAGAUACAUAUCAGUGUGGCACCACUCGAAAGGACCUAACGAUUAUCACCCAUACAUCAACAAAAAAGGAGCAAAGAAAAACAAAACAUAUGAUUAAACGAUUAACGAAACAGAAUAGCAGUAGUCUUAAGAUAGACAAAUAUGAAUCAUGGUCAAGGAAGGAAGUCGCUCAAUGGCUCUCUCUAUGCAAUGCCCCCAUCAAAUGGAUCACUGCUUUUUACAGAAAUAACGUCACGGGGAGUAUGCUUGACACGAUGAAUAUAGAAGUCAUUAGAAACCAGCUGGGGAUACUACCAUACGGACAUGCAAUCAAACUGCUUCAAUUAAUAAAAAACUUGCGAGUGAUGGCUUACAACAAGAGAUUUGCCCGGUGCGUCAACAUACAGGAGUGUGAACAUUUUCUGAGGAGAAAAAAAAAAAAAAAUACACACACGAUAUGGCUCCCGCGGGGAAACUCGAAGGGGAAGCGACAACCGCAGCCAAAGUAAUGUUGCACAGUGGAGAUGCAGUAUGUCAUGAGGAGGACCCUAACUCGUGCACGUCUACCACGUCUUUCAAUUCGACCCGCACUUUGAAGGAGGAGGACUACGGGAAGAGGGAGGAACUAGGAGAAGAGGACGCAGAGGAGGAGCAUCACCAUCAUCAGCAGCAGCAGAGGCGGAAGCAGAAGCGGCAGCAUGUGGGUGAGACCAGCGCCCCCAACGAACCGGUGGGACCCCCAACACCAAGCGACCCGCAGAAGGAUACCAAUAAGCAAAAGCGAAAGGAUAAAAAAAACCAAAAAGAUAAAAAAAAACAAAAGGAACAAUUCAUUCGCAGCUUCCAUAAAAAUUUUUCUCUAAUAAAUGAUUUUGGCCAUACAUUCAAUGGGGGUAACUCGAAGGACUAUUCCAGGGCAGGGGAAAAACGUGCCGUAUCCGGUGACCCAAAGGAUGACUCGUAUGGUUCCUGCUCCUUAUCAUCCUUUUCUAUUACUAGUACGUCUUCCCAAUCGAGUCGCCCCAACCAUUCGUCUGAAGAAUCCGGCGAGUCCGACGCGUCUACCUUGCCAACAUGCGAAGGGGAACCCAAAGGGGGGACUAACUCGAUGCUCGAGUCGUCAGCAGAGUUAGAAUUAUCCGUUGCCUCAACCUCCUCCUCCUCAUCUUCUGCAUCCGCUUCCUUGAACACUUCCUCCCAUGCCUCCACCUCCUCCGUGUCCUCCUCCUCGUACUGCUCGAACAGAACCGACGACGCCCCCUUUUACGGCCGCAGCCAAAUAAUAAAAUACCCCAGCAACAUCUACCUGAACAGCAACUUGGCCUUCUCCUACCUCUACAGCUUUAUAAUACCACACGAAGACUUAACGUUCCUGCAUCUGAUUCGGAACCAUUAUGAUAUUAGAACCCGUAGAAGCGAGCACGAGUGGCAGGGGCAGGGACAGCAGCAGAACCCGAACCCGAACUGGAACCAGAAUCUGCUCGCAACGAAUAGCAAGCAGAACAAACUUAAAAGAAUGAAGGGAGAUUUAAAAAACGGUAAAAUUAUGGGAAGUAGAACCUUUAGGGGAAAGUACUUAGGGAAGGACGUAGCUAUUAAAGUGCUAGUAGGGAGAGUAAAAGAUUUUUCUCAAAUUCACAAAAUUUUUUACAAAUUACACAUAUUGAGACAUGGAAAUAUUGCUUUAAUGAUGGGAGUGUCUAUUCGAUACCCGUUCGUUUUUAUCGUAUACGAAUUUUUAAAAAACACCUGCUUAUUUUCCUAUCUUCAUUGUGCUGGUGGUUAUGUGAAGGACGUGUCGGUGAGGCAGCACGGGGGUGGAGUGAGAACGCCGCUUGGAAGUGCGAGCAGCAUCAGCAGGGGAGAUGGCAUAUCGGCUCACAGCAUCAGCAGGGGAGGGGGCAUAUCGGCUCACAGCAUCAGCAGGGGAGGGGGCAUAUCGGCGCAUAGCUCCACGGACGAUAGUUCCACCUGCGAUAGCUCCCCAGGGAACACCUCCCCGAGUGAAAACCCUACGUUCGAAUCACACGGUGGAAGAAUCACCACCCGCAUGAGAAACAAAAAUAACUCAUUCAAAUCGGAAAAUGACCUGUUCUGUGGUGUUUACGCAGAGGAAGCAGAGGAGCAUAGCGGUCCUACCUCAGGGGAAAAUCCCCCAAUACCUGAAAACAAUUCUAACGUAUUAGUGAAGAGCUCCUCCAAGGAAUGGAACAUAAACGAGAGUAAAACAAAGGCACAUAUCGAAGAAAGUCACCCCCUGAACCUCAAGCCAACGAACAUCCUCCUGGACGAAGCACUAAACGCAAAAAUCACCGACUUUGGAAUCUGCGAAAUUGAAAAAUGCCUCGACACGAAUAUCGAUCACUCGUAUGUUGUGCACCCCAACGGCUCAACCUCAUUCGAUGCUGUGUUAGCAGACAGGAAAGUACAGAGGAUGGAGUUUUCUAGGAACGACUUCAACGAUGUUCUGCGUGUUUAUGAUGAUGAGGAUAAGAUGCACCUGUAUAGUAUCGAACGAAUAAUUUUGAGAGGCCAGAGAGGAAAGUCCUUUUACGCGGAUGUCUACGCGCUGGGAAUUGUGCUCUGGGAAAUGGCCUCCGUCGGAUAUGCGAAAGAAGAACUGACCUACAACAACAUCCCAGAGCCUAUUCAAGGGCUGAUAAAAUCCUGUGUGCACAGGAACAUGUACAAAAGACCCACCUUUGGACACAUACUAGCGGAGCUGUCCCGGCUAUAUGAAAAGGCAAAUACAAAAGCUGAGGAUGCUCUCAUGUCCUUCAUGGAUGGAGCAUAA